CUUUUAUGGCGCAGUAGUCUACCUAUGUCAAAUGAACUCUCGGUUGGUUGUUCAGCUCCACGGUUUUUAGCAACUUCUGAGAAUGGAUCGGGAUAUGACAAUUUUAAUUCGAAACCUGUCAGUUCCGCACGCAGGGAUAUGGCCCGUUUUCAGCGCCCUACAGCCUUGCUCAGUGAAAGACAUCGUUCUGAAUCCCCUGCGAAUCGUUCAAAAAGUCGGCAGCUGGAUGCUUCUGUUAAUAGUACCCAACAGAAUGACAGAUACGAUUUCGAAUCAUUGCAAAAGGAAAUAACCAAAAGAAGUGGUGUUCUGUUGUUUGGGAACAAGGUAUUUGUUGUUUUUAUGAUUUUUGGCUUAGGUUUUGCUCGCUAAAACAGAUGAUUUUGUUAACGAAGGCUGCCUAGGUUCUGGAACAUGUAGCUCUGUGUAUAAAAUGCGACAUCGUACUAAACCGAAUAUAGUGAUGGCGGUUAAACAAAUGAGAAUGUCAUCUACAUAUGAAGAAGAAAAUAAGCGUAUAAUGAUGGAUCUAAACAUUGUCACAAAGAGUUUCGAUUGUUCUUUUAUCGUCGAGUGUUAUGGAAUAUUCUUCUCUGGGGUGAGUCAUUUUUAUUUUUUUUACGCUUCAGGGUGACGUCUGGAUAUGCAUGGAAGUCAUGUCAACCUGUUUAGACAAGCUGUAUCAUGAUCUCCAUCGUCCAUUCCCCGAAAAAGUUUUGGGGAAAGUGACUGUUUCCGUAAGACCGUUUCCGUUCACUUAAUCUUUUCUGAAGAUUACAACUGCUUUGGACUAUUUGAAACGGAAACAUAAUGUUAUGCACAGAGGUAAUGCUCUAAUUUCACUAAGUCCCAGAUGUUAAACCGUCUAAUAUGCUUUUGAGUUACCAAGGUGUGAUUAAGUUAUGUGACUUUGGAAUAAGUGGAAUUCUUAAAGAUUCGAUUGCCCGCUCGAGGCAACCGGGAUGCACUGGUUAUAUGGCGCCAGAACGUUUGAACAACUCAACAUAUGAUGUUCGUGCGGACAUAUGGUCACUUGGAAUAUCAUUGUUAGAAUUGGCGACUGGAUCAUUUCCAUAUACCGGGACUCAUAUUGAAUUUGCUAUUAUGACUAAAAUAAUAUCAGACCCACCUCCGUCAUUGCCGCAUCACAUACCUUUCACCCCUGCGUUCCGCCAAUUCAUCGAGCUGUGCUUGACUAAGGACCACACUCAACGCCCAAAAUAUCGCUCACUAAUGAGUACUGGAUUUUUUGUUCGACACAACAAAGAACCCUUUGAUGUACUGGAGUGGCUUAAAGGAUUACCGUUACCACACCUACAAUGUCUGGAUGAAACGAUGACCAGUAGUUGGGAUCGCAAAACUCCUACAAGUACUACAUCGUCUGUGAAUUGUUUAACCAACACAGUUGAAUCUCCCGACUCAGUGACCACUCUUAGUCCAGACAUUUCCAGGGGAGUGAGUAAUAUUUCUCUUAAUGACUCUUCUGAUUCGAAAAAGGCAUCAUGGGAAAAUGUAAAUAAUCAAGCUGAGGUAGACGUAUCACUAGUGGCAGCACCUAAGGUUAAUAGUGAUCCUAACGAGCAAGCACAGUUCAUCAUUCAUAGAUCUUCAGUAACUUCUGAUUAUUUCGUUAAUGAAAAUACUUCCCCUCAAUUAUCUUCGUUGACAAUUAAUGAACAAAUUUCUACAGGUCAGAAUACUCAUUUUCUCAAGACUGAAAACGCAGUCGUUGAUCAGAGUUCAGGAAACUUUAUUCACCUACUAGAGGGGAAGUCUACCAAGUUCCUUUCGCAGGGUUCUUCAGGUUACGGAUCUGCAGGCUCUGAUAGUUCUCCUGGAUCUCUUGGAAGUGAUAGUCGUCCACCAAGUUCUACCCAAGUCCUUGAUACGGUAUUACCUAACAGAAGCGUUAAUGGAAUCCCUCCUUUACCAGCAGUUCAGCGUUCCAAACCUGCGUAUAUUUUCAAACUCAAUAAACCAGAUAAAUAUUUAAAUCAUAUUUCGGAAAACAGUGUUAGUCGGUCCAAUUUGUCGAUCCGUCCCCCCGUGCCAGAUUCGUUUUCCAAUCAUCCUAGUUGUCAAGUAUCUUCUAUACAUUCAGUAAGUGGCUCUGAUCAAUGGAGCACUUUAUCUCUAUCAUCUAGAACAACUCAUAUACCUACAUCUCAAACUGUUACGGAAAAUCCCGUUCAUAAUCAGCUAACAUCAAUCAUUGAAAAAUUUGAACCUAGCUCGAAUAAAGGAGUUUCUUUAUAUGCGAGCACAAAACUUGCUCCUUUAAGUAAUAAUUCCGAAGGAGGUAAAGAUUUUGGUUCUUCGAAGGCGGACUCGAUCUGUGGUCGUCCCACUACUAACAAGCGGAAAGUAGUUGGCCACUCGCGUUCCUCUUCUGUUGGUGCUCAGUUGCAACGCUCUCCCGCUCAAAGAUGGUUAGUCAGACCACCACAAAUUAGCAGAAAUCUUCAAAUUGAUCAAAGUCCUCUAUGUGUGCACAAUAAUACCACUCAUAUGCACUCGCCAGUAAUUCCAAAUGCUACCUCAUCCAUACCGAACCCGAACUGUGAUACUAUUCUGGGGAAAAAUAGGUCUCCACAACAAUAUCAUCAUCAUUAUUUCUAUUAUUAUUAUGACAAUAAUCUGGAGAUGAAUGAUCUAAACAGACCAUCUAGUUCAUCCUGUUUGGCCAGAGAUAACAUAAAUACUCUUGGAAGAAAGUCGCCAACUUAUUUUACUAGUUCUAAUCGUAACGCAUUGGUCAACAAUUCUCUGUCUACAAGCAGCAUAUCGCCUGUUGUUUCAGGAAGAAUGUGUCAACGUUUAAAUACUCAUCCAAUCCCAAGACACAGUAGUUUACAGUUUCCACCUAAUGAUUUAAGAUAUUCCAAAGUGGUGUCCAACUCAUUCUGUCCCUCUGAAAUGUCGGGAUCACGUUUACCUAUGACUUCACAGUCCACAUAUCAGAUUACAUCUAGGGAAUUACGUGGGCGGUAUCUUAACCACAAUAACCUUCCGCAUCCAAUUUCAAUCAACAAUUCAACGUUAAGAGAUUCUGGCAUAUCAAUACAAAAUGGCGAACAUCCUCCUAAACAUACACAUAGAUCAAUGUCACAACCUCCUAAAUUACGAGAUUGGUUAUCUUUUGAAACAGAACUGUGAAGACUCACUUCAUGAAACUAAUGCAUAUCAACAAAAAUCUUUUUUAUCGUUAGCUCACCUUUGUCUUUCGAUGCUUGUAUCAGCAUUUUAUUAUUAAAUCGGUUUUAUUGAUCAUCUUUGAAUACUCACAAUUGUUUCUAGUCUUUCCAUUGUCCAUACAAAAUGCAUUACUUACGAAAGCUUUCAAUAACUUCUCUCAAAUAUGCUUAUUGGUAAUUCGAUUAUGUAACCUUCUGUACAUAGUAAUGUAAAUUAUGAUCUUCAUUGUAAUUUAUACCUGAACAGUUUUAUUCGUAGGUGUAUUGUUCCCUUGUAAAUCAAGUCUUCAAUUUAUGAAUGAUUUUUAAAAUAAUCUUUCAAUGAAUUCAUGUUAAGUUCCAGAAAAUAAAAUCUUU